AUGAAGUACACUUCCACACGAGGAUCGUCCAAUCGAUUUACCUUCGAACAAGCUCUGUGUUCAGGGUAUGCACCAGAUGGCGGUUUGUUUGUUCCUGAAAGACUGCCUGACAAAAUCAGUCCUUCCACCCUUCAAGAAUGGUCCAAGUUGGACUAUGUUGACCUAGCCACAUCCAUUUUGAGUCUGUUCUUGUCAACAGAAGAGAUCCCGUUAAGUGACUUGCGACGAAUCAUCCGAGUAUCUCUUUCUGGCUUUGAUGCGCCAGUGGUGCCAGUCAUUCAGAAUACGAAUGCCCCGAAUACUAUUUUUGUGGUGGAAUUAUUCCAUGGAGCUACCUUUUGCUUCAAAGACUUGAGCUUGCAGUUUGUGGUACAAAUGCUCAACUACUUUGCCGUCAAACGAAAGCGAAAAAUCACCUUGGUAGUCGCUACCACUGGAGAUACAGGACCAGCAGCUGUCCAAGCGGUGGAAGAUUGCAAGUCGGAAUAUUUGGGCAUUCUCGUACAUUAUCCAGAAGGCCAAAUCUCGGACUUUCAGCGCAAACAGCUGACGACUUGCACUCAUGAGAAGAUUAAAGUGGUGGCUUUUCAAGGAGGUGGAGACGAUAUGGAUGCCCCUAUCAAGAGUAUCAUGACGGAUCCAACCUCGCAGACCGACGAUCGAUUCAUUUGCGGGGUGAAUAGCUACAACAUUGCCAGACCACUCAUGCAAAUGGUUCAUUUUGUAUGGGCAUAUUUGCGAGUCGCAGAGUCACUUGGCAUUGAAGCGGGAGAUCCAGACUUUACAUUGGACGUCGUGUUACCCACUGGUGCCAUGGGAAACAUUGCCGGUGGCUAUAUGGCCAAACGAAUGGGUGUUCCCAUUGGAAGAAUGUGUGCUGGCGUGAACGUCAAUGAUAUUACGCACCAAGCCUUUUCCAAUGGAUUGGUCCAGCGUCCAGACACCAUGCACACCACCAUGAGUGAAGCCAUUAAUAUCCAAUUACCCUAUAAUCUUGAGCGACUGUUAUUCUACCUAACGGAUCAGAAUCAUGAGCAAGUCAAGCUUUGGUACCAGCAGCUGGAAACUGGAGCAGAUCGCACCAUGGUCCUUCACGAGACGUCGUGGUUUGCCAAGUUGCAAGCCGAAUUCGCGUCGGCGCGGGUCACAGAUGAUGAGCUGUGUCAGACGCUUCGAGAAGUGAGAAGCAAACUUGAUUACUAUGCGGAUCCUAAUACGGGAGUGGCCUUUUGUGCUGCCAAAAAGCUGGGAUAUUGCUUCUUCCCAGCAAACACCGAAAUAGAACAGCCAGGCAAGAACUCAAAGGUGGCGAUAUUCGCUACUGCGUCGCCUUGCAAGUUCGAGUCGGUCAUUACCACAGCGCUUGGAAAAGACGAAUGGGAUAGCUAUGUGGCAACUCAUUUCCCAAGCAGAGGAAAAGAGACAUUGACCAAGCCAGAGCGACCUUUGUUUCGGUAUUUGGCAAGAGAGGGAAAGUCAUUGCAAGAGAAUCAAGUCGAGUGGGAGGCCAUGACAAGGGGGUUGAUUGAAGAAAUGUGA